UCUGCUUUGCUGCUGCUGCUGCUCUCUCUCUCUGCUACUGACAUACUGACAGAGAAGAAACAAUAAACAAAGAAAAAAUUUGUUUUUUUAACUGAGAAAAAGGAAAAAAAAUGGGUCUUUGAAAAGUGCGAAAAUUUCAGCAGAAAAGGGCGUCUGGACUCUGGAGAUUGGAAUGAUCUUAAAACGUCACCAGCCUUCUCUCUUCUUCACUCUCUCGCCUGAAAACAAAAGAUCGAAGUUCGAGGUGGGUUGCUCGAUCGAAGUUUGUAGAGAUAGAGGUAGAGUGAGAAGCAGUGGAGUGAUCAAUCGCAGCAAAGAGGCAAUUUAUUAAAAAGAGGGAAGAAGGAAGUCAAAAGAGGCGUUUUGAUCUCUAACGUUGGGGGUUUAGGGUUUUCCCAAUGUCAUUUCGUGGAUUUUGACAUCUCAGUUGGGGUUGGAUUGCUGUGAAGUUCGAAUAUGUUGUUGGCGGUGACGACGAUUCUGGUGAUCAUCUAGGGUUUGUUUUAUGUGGUGGGGUUUGUCUUAGGAUUUUGUUAUGGUUUUCGAUGUCAGUGGCUUGAAAAGUUGGUAUUUUUUUUAGCUCGAAUAGGUCUUGGAUUUUAGGGAUUUGAGGGUGUUUUUGUUUUAUCUGUGGUUGUACGGGGAUGAUAGUGUUCUGCCGGCCUGUGUCUGUGUGUGAAGGUUAGGGUUCUUUUUGUUUUUAUUCUAAUUUGUGAAUAGUUAAUUGGGUGGCGACGGUGGGUUGAUCUUCUUGUACCUAGGUUCCGGAGGUUUCUGUUUUAUUUGGGGUUUGGGUUUUUGCUUUUGUAGUUUGUAUAUAAAACUUUUAAUUUUUAGUAUUGUUACGUGUCUGUGAUUGAACGGCUCGUGCAGGGGCUGUGUAAUAGUGGGGUUGAAAGGUGUGGUUCUGAGUUUGGCUUCUUGGGAUUUUUAGGGUUCUUCUUUGGCUACUAAGGUGCUUGAGGGGUUUAGGAUUUUCGUUCGUUGUUUUCUUUGUUUUUGGGGGAUUAAGGUGGUGAUGAUGAUGGUGAUGUAUGGGGAGUAGAACAGCGAGGGCUGGUACAGAAGAUGGUAAGGAAGCAGCGGGCGGGAUGCCGAGCUUCGUUCCUCCGUUACCCGUUUCUCAUGCACUUGGCAUGGAUGGAAGUCAUGUCCACAAUUCUCGAGUAUCUGACUUAGGGCCGCUUGAGCAAUCCGUUGGAUAUCGCAUAGAGGAUGCUGUUGACCUUAGUAGAAACCCUAUAUUUAAUCCAACCAAGUCAAGUGCACAGGUUGUUGCUUCAGAUCCUUUGCAGUUUGGUACUUUUAAUAAGUUGGUUCCUUCCUCUGAAAUAAAUCCAUCUCCUGCUAGAGUUGGGACUCAAAGAUUGCCUACACAAAAGGGACAACCAAAUCUGGUUUCUAUAUCUAGUGGUCAUUUUGAGAAUUGGGGAGAGUCCACAAUGGCAGAUGCCAGUCCUAGGACAGAUACCUCAACCGACGUUGAUACAGAUGAUAAAAAUCCAAGGAUGGAAAUGGGUCAGUCUACUACUGCUGUGGUGGCUUCUGAUUCUAGUGAUCGAUCAAAGGACAAAGCAGAUCAGAAGACUCUUCGCAGGCUUGCACAAAAUCGAGAAGCUGCAAGAAAAAGCCGAUUGAGAAAGAAAGCAUAUGUCCAACAGCUAGAGAAUAGCCGGCUUAAACUGACUCAACUUGAGCAGGAGCUCCAACGAGCUCGCCAGCAGGGAAUAUUUAUUUCAAGCUCAGGGGACCAAUCUCAUUCAAUGAGUGGAAAUGGGGCUUUGGCAUUUGACAUAGAAUAUGCACGUUGGCUGGAAGAGCACAAUCGGCAGAUCAAUGAAUUAAGGAAUGCGGUAAACUCCCAUGCCAGUGACAGUGAGCUCCGUAUUAUUGUCGAUGGUGUUAUGGCACACUAUGAUGAUAUUUUCAGGCUUAAGGGCACCGCAGCCAAAGCUGAUGUUUUCCACAUACUGUCAGGCAUGUGGAAGACUCCUGCAGAGAGGUGCUUUUUGUGGAUUGGUGGCUUUCGUUCUUCUGAACUUCUUAAGCUUCUUGUGAAUCAAUUAGAGCCUCUGACUGAGCAGCAGUUGGUGGGCAUCUGCAACUUGCAGCAGUCUUCUCAACAGGCUGAGGAUGCCUUGUCUCAAGGAAUGGAGGCAUUACAGCAGUCCUUGGCUGAGACGUUGGCCAGUGGGUCUCUUGGCCCUUCAGGUUCGGGGAAUGUUGCCAACUAUAUGGGUCAGAUGGCAAUGGCUAUGGGAAAGCUAGGAACCCUUGAGGGUUUCCUUAGGCAGGCUGAUAAUUUACGGCAACAAACACUGCAACAAAUGCAUCGAAUAUUGACAACACGCCAAUCAGCUCGUGCUCUCCUUGCCAUAAAUGAUUAUUUUUCCAGGCUUCGUGCGCUUAGCUCUCUCUGGCUUGCCCGCCCACGGGAGUGAGAACCCACCCAUGAAUCCCAUAUGAUAUCAAUCUGGAAGGUAUACUAAUCUUGCCGAUGGAGGGUCAUGAAGCUGUAAAUCUGGGUGUUCAGGCAUGCAAUACUAACAGCCAUAAGCCAUUUAAUCUUUGGGUAGCUCUCUGUUUGCAGUUGUUGGGACUUGGGGCAUAAAGAUCUUCCAAUUGGAAUACAAGGUCCCAAUCCUCUCACAUGUAACAGUCGUCAUAUUGGUUGCUCAGGUGUAUGUUGUAUGUUGAUUUCUUAACUGGAACAGUACUGGCAAUAAUCUGUCAAUGGCAUUUGCAAUCAAGAUUUACAAACUUUUUUCAGGCCAACCAUUUCUCCUGGGCAUGAAAUACUUUGUUGGGGUGAGUGAGAACCCACCCAUGUUUUAAUUUUUAAAGGGUGGUUCUGUGAGUGAGCGUUAGUUGUGUACCAUGAUAGAUAGAUGAUUGAAAUAUACUCUUUGUUGUAUGUGAUUUGACGCUCUCUGGCCAUUGUGAAUGA